AUACCUUUCUCUUUCAGAAGACUGCAAAAUGGACAUUGAUAAUAAACGAAACAAAAAAACUCUACUAGACCAGCAUGGACAGUACCCAAUAUGGAUGAAUUCCAGGCAGAGAAAGAAGCUUAAGGCUCAGCGUGUUAAAGGGAAAAAAAAGGCAAAAUUGGCCAAAGGCCUCGUCUGGUAA